CCCGCGUCACGUGACCCCCAGGAGCCCCCGGUCACGUGCUCUGCGACUGAAGGCUUCAGGAAGUGCGUCCAGGGGAGGGCUGUGGAUGUUCGCAGGGCCCCGGUGGGGGGGGGCUCGGGACCCGAGCAGAGAGAGAGGCGGCCUGUGCGAGGCUUCUGCAGCACCAGAGGAAAGGCAGGGAUCGGCCUCCGAAGCGGCGGGGGCUGGGCCCGGGCUUGUCUCCAACGGAGGCCUCUUGUCAGUAGCUGAAGGCCUGUGAGGAUUAUUUCUUCCCUGACAAAGCGUCUACCCACAGAGAGUCGCCAAGAUAGCUGGCCCAGGUAGAAAACGCCGAACCCCUGACCCAGACGCUGUUACAGACCCUGGGGGCCCCUUCGUUUCCAUCAAGCGGCAGAAGAUGUCCCGUCCUGCCGAGGGCGUCGGGCAGAGAAGGGUGACGCGUGGAACUGAAGAUGCCAUCAACAAGAAGAAGCAGAAAGAUCGCAUCAACCAGGAAAGCAAAGAAGGCAAGAUGGUGUCCGGUGGCGAAACCAAGAAAGAAAUGAUGGUUGAUUGGAAGCAGAAUUCUGGGGAAGUUAUCAUUAGACUGAACCCCGGUCUGGGAGCUUUGAACGUAGAAGAUGUCGAGGCAGCAUUUACAGACACUGACUGUGUCAUCAAUUUCCCAGAGGGCAGUCAGUGGAAUUGUCACUUUCAUGAAGAGAUUGAAGGAUCUUGCAGUAAAAUGCAGUAUAAAGAAAAAGGGAAUUUCCUGCAACUCAUCCUGCAAAAGAAAAUUCCUCUGAACAAAUGGCCUAGCCUCCAGAAGAAGAAGAAAGAUGUGGUUAAAGAGCAAGGGAAGCCGACUACAAUAAAAGAAAACGGCAAAGCGAAAGCAUCUUCAAAAGUAUCCACAUCUGAUAAAAACCAGACUCAACCUGCUGGAAACUCUGAGAGGAAAAAGAUCAAAUCUGAGCAGAAGAGCGCUAAACGCAGUCAGGAAACGGUGGUAGUCCCCGUCGGAGGGAAGGGCCAUGUCGCAAGGAAAACCGAUGCUAGUUCAGCCACACCAAGUGGGCCGCAGGUUAGGAAAGGCUCGCCCCAUAAACCCGUCUCUGCAGGAGAUGCCAGCCCUCGCAGCCACCGAACUCUCUGCUCGGAGGAUUCUACAAAGUGUGUGAACGGUAAAGGGUCGGGCAAACUUACUGACCGGACUCAGACCAGGGAAAGCUUAGCACCAGUAAAAAAGACAAGUCCCGUAAGAGAUACUGCGAAGGCUACAGGAGACCAGGCUGCUACACAUGACCAAGAGAUGAUUCCUCUUCCUGAUGUGCAGCUGGCGACUCCUUCGGCCUCUCCGUUGGUACAGCCUGGGUGCUCCUCCACACCAAGCAGCAGGAUAGAGGAGAACACGGCUUCAGAAGUGACUGAUCCCUCUAAAGAGUUAGCCGCGGCUGUUUCAGAGCAAGUCUUGGAAUGUCAGCAGGAAGUCCCAAAACCCCACACUUUCCUUUAUGAGGAGGAAAAGGUUGUGGAUUCCCCAGUAAUUCCAGCAACACAAGAUGACCUCCUGGUUUUGGGGCAAGCACAUGAAAACCUGAUGGUUCCUAACAUGGCCCACAGCCUGGAAGAUGGUGGAGAAGAAGCUGAGCCGUACGUGAACCUGACCUUCGUAAAGAAUGAUCACUACGAGAAGGGGAACGACGUGGUUGUCGUGCAUGUUUAUGUCAAGCAGAUCUGCAAGGAGACCUCUCGUGUGCUGUUUCGGGAGCAGGAUUUCACUCUGAUCUUUAAGACUAGUGAUCCUAACUUUCUGAGGCUUCAUCCCGGUUGUGGUCCUGACCCAGUCUUCAGAUGGCAAGUGAAGCUCAGGAACCUUAUAGAGCCAGAUUUGUGCAGGUUCAACUUCACAGGCUCUCGAAUUGAUAUCUCCCUGCAGAAGAAACAGUGCCAGAGAUGGGGAGGUCUGGAGGCUCCAACCACACAAGGUGCAGUGGGUGGUGCAAAGGUUGCAAUGCCAGCCAGCCCUGCCCCCCUCGAUAAAGCACAGCCGGGGAGUAACCAGCAUGCCCUGUCCAGCAAAGAGGAGGCCAGAGGCGUUGAAAAGGAGAAACCCCGAUCAGAAGAGGCCAGUUUGGAGAAGGUCACACCAAGAACAGCAGCUGAUCACGUCACUGUUAAAUCUGAGCCACUUCUGCCUUCUCCCAAACCAACGUGCAUGGUCCCUCCUAUGACACACAGUGCUAUAAGCAGCGACAGUGCACAGGAGGAAGAGGAGAAGAGAGUCUGCCUGCCAGGUUUUACCGGUCUGGUCAAUCUGGGAAACACUUGCUUCAUGAACAGCGUUAUCCAGUCUCUUUCCAACACACGUGAGCUUAGGGAUUAUUUCCAAGAUCAUUCGUUUGAGUCAGAGAUCAACUGCAACAACCCUCUAGGAACGGGCGGGCGUCUUGCAGUUAGCUUUGCUGUGUUGUUAAGAGCGCUCUGGAAAGGCACACAUCACGCCUUCCAGCCAUCUAAACUCAAGGCGAUUGUUGCAAGCAAAGCCAGCCAGUUCACCGGGUAUGCCCAGCAUGAUGCUCAGGAGUUCAUGGCUUUCCUGCUGGAUGGGCUUCAUGAAGAUCUGAACAGGAUUCAGAACAAGCCAUACACUGAGACUGUGGACUCGGACGGAAGGCCGGAUGAGGAGGUUGCUGAUGAGGCAUGGCUGCGACAUAAGAUGAGGAAUGACUCCUUUGUUGUCGACCUUUUCCAGGGCCAGUAUAAGUCUAAGCUGGUGUGUCCUGUCUGUGCAAAGGUGUCUAUUACAUUUGAUCCCUUCUUGUACCUACCGGUGCCCUUACCCCAGAAGCAGAAGGUCCUCACCGUCUACUAUUUUGCAAAAGAGCCGCACAAGAAACCCAUUAAGUUUUUGGUCAGUAUCAGUAAAGAGAACUCCAUCGCUUCAGAUGUCCUCGAGUCCAUCUCUCAGAGCGUAAGAGUUAAGAUGGAAAACCUGAGAUUAGCAGAGGUAGCGAAACAUCGCUUCCACCGCAUGUUCAGGCCGUCUUGCUCUGUGGACUCUGUCUCUCCGUCAGAUGUACUCCUGUGUUUCGAAGUUCUGUCCCCCGAACUUGCCAAGGAGCACGUCCUUGUGCUGCAGGUCCAGCAGCGUCCCCAGAUUCCCAGCAUCCCAAUUACCAAAUGUUCUUCAUGUCAGAAGAAACAGCUGUCCGAAGAGGAGAAAUUAAAGCGGUGUACUAGGUGCUAUCGGGUUGGAUAUUGCAACCAGCUCUGCCAGAAAACUCACUGGCCCGAACACAAAACUGCCUGCCGACCUGAAAAUAUUGGGUAUCCGUUUUUAAUCAGCGUCCCUGAGUCUCGCCUGACUUAUGCCCGCCUGGCACAGCUCCUCGAGGGUUAUGCAAGGUAUUCAGUAAACGUGUUCCAGCCUCCAUUCCUCCCAGGCAGAAUGUCCUCUGAACAGCCUCCACAACCACUAAGUGCAGCCAAGGCCGAGUCUUCAAUGGUGCAGUCUAGCAGCACAUACCAGGGAGAGCCACAAGAGGAUGACAGAGUCUCAGGGUUGCUUUCCCUGGGAUCUUCUCCCUGCCACACACCAGAGGCAGGAGAUGGCAGUGCGCAAGGGAAGAUGUGUACAGACCGGCACUCUUUUGUCAGCACGGACUCUGGGUUUUCUGAGCAAGCAACAGACUCUUUAAGGGAAUUAGAUUCUGGGGGAGAAAAAGAAACCUCUUAUGAAAAAGCUAUUAAACCCGAAGCUGCUGUUCCUGGUUACCAACAGUCAGUUGAGCUCACAAGUUCCCACGCUGCUCUGUUUUUCAUCUACCAUAUUGACGCCUCGGGAAGAGAGGUGAAGCUGGAGGACAAAGGUGACUCUGUCCUGGACCUGUCUGAGAACAGCGAGCUGGCACUGGUUUGGAAGAACAAUGAGCGCAUGAAGGAGUUUGUGCUGGUGGAAUCGAAGGAUCUGGAAUGUGAUGAGGAUCCAUCAUCUGCCAGUGAAGCUGCUAGAGUUGGUCUGUUCACCUUGGAGCAAUGUCUAAACCUAUUCACUAAGCCGGAAGUCUUGGCCCCAGAGGAAGCCUGGUAUUGUCCUAAGUGUAAUCAGCACAGAGAGGCCUCAAAGCAGCUGAUGCUGUGGAGGCUUCCGAACAUCCUCAUCAUCCAGCUGAAACGUUUCUCCUUCCGAACAUUUAUCUGGAGGGACAAAAUAAAUGACCUGGUGGAUUUCCCUGUCAGGGGACUGGACCUGACAACAUUCUGCAUUGGGCAAAAGGAAGACCACCAGAGGCCUAUCUAUGACCUCUAUGCAGUCAUCAAUCAUUAUGGAGGCAUGAUAGGAGGACACUACACAGCAUAUGCCAGACUCCCCAAUGAUAAAAACAGCCAGCGGAGUGACGUAGGGUGGAGGCUUUUUGAUGACAGCACUGUGACCUCGGUGGACGAGAGCCAAGUGGUGACACGAUACGCAUAUGUACUCUUUUAUCGAAGGAGGAACUCUCCUGUGGAGAGACCCGUACGGGGGCACGCUGUGAAUCGCAGAGCUGACACGGGAGCAACUGCUGAUGGAGCUGCUAGUCAGGGAGUCGGCACCAUGGCUUAUGGGCCAAACCUAAACUCUGAGGACGCCUCCCAAGUGACCGCGGAAGCCGUUGCAGAUCUUUUUCCCUCGGCCGAACCUGCGGCAUCUUACAGCAACGUGGAAGACGUUGAUUAGCAGACAUUAAAGAAAACGAGUGGAUCUGUCGUCUCCCCCCCCGGUGUGUUUGUAACAUGGAACUACGUGCUGACAAUGGUUGUACAUAGCUGUUUAAAUUAAUUUGUUCAAUAUUUUUUUCUUUUUAAAGGGAGAUGUUUUGGCUCCUUUUUGGCGUCACCAUAAGCUAACUCCCACCAGUUUAUUGUCUUGAACCCGCACGGCAUGCAAAGAACGGCAUGGUUCUUAGCGCUGCUGUCGGGUUUUACAACACCCAUGCACCUUUUUUCUUUGUAUUAUGAUUUGGGACGUUC